AUGGUUUCUAUCCAGUUAAAACAGAGUAAAUUACACAAAUUCUUGCCAAGCACCAUCUACGUGCCAACAAUUCACAAACAAAUGAACCACAGAUAUUCUGAGGUGAUGAUCUACUGCAGGGUGCAGGGCACUGGGCUGACACACAUGGCACCUGAGGCUGGGACAGAAGUGCACCCUCGGAAACAGUUCUGUCAGUGGCCCUGCACGUGCCCGCGUCAGAAGCCUCGCUGUGCUCCUGGAGUGAGCCUGGUGAGGGAUGGCUGCGGCUGCUGUAAGAUGUGUGCCAAGCAGCCUGGGGAUCUCUGCAAUGAAGCUGAUGUGUGUGACCCACACAAAGGGCUGUACUGUGACUACUCUGCAGACCAGCCGCGGUUCGAGACAGGCGUGUGUGCAUACCUUGUAGCAGUGGGAUGUGAGUUCAACAAAGUUCAUUAUCAUAAUGGUCAAGUGUUUCAGCCCCAUCCCCUGUUCAGCUGCCUCUGUGUGAGUGGGGCCAUUGGAUGCACACCGCUGUUCAUGUCAAAGCUGGCUGGUGGUCACUGCUCUGGAGUCAAAGAUGGAAAGAAGACGGAACCAUCAAAAUGUGGCCUGGGAUCAUCGCAACAGCAGCACUCAGCAAACUAUAAAACAAUGCCAGCUUAUAGGAAUCUCCCACUUAUUUGGAAAAGAAAAUGUCUUGUGCAAGCAACAAAGUGGACUCCUUGCUCCAGAACUUGUGGGAUGGGAAUAUCUAACAGGAUCACCAAUGAAAAUAACAACUGUGAAAUGAGAGAAGAGAAAAGAUUGUGUUAUAUAAAACCUUGUGACAAUAAUUUGUCAAAGACAAUUAAGAUCCCCAAAGGAAAAACAUGCCAACCUACUUUCCAACUCUUCAAAGCUGAAAAAUUUAUCUUCUCUGGAUGCACAAGUACUCAGAGUUAUAAACCCACUUUCUGUGGAAUAUGCUUGGAUAACAGAUGCUGUGUUCCUAAUAAGUCUAAAAUGAUUACCAUCCAAUUUGAUUGCCCAAAUGAGGGUUCAUUCACAUGGAAGAUGCAGUGGAUUAUAUCUUGUGUAUGUCAGAGAAACUGUAAAGAUCCAGGAGAUACUUUUUCUGAGCUCCAGAUUCUAUAACACAUGCCUGGGGAAAGUUAAGGCUAAUCACAUGAUUACAUAAAGAACAGGAAGAAUACCCAACUACCU